AUGUUUGGGAAACAAGACAAAAUGGACGUUAGAUGCAGUUCAGAGACUGAAGCUAACCGGGUCUCGAAGAACGGACAUAAAGAGGGCAAGGAAAGCAAAGGGUCUGAAGGAAAUAUUUCUACUUCUUUUUUGAAGGAUCAGCAAGGGACUUUUUCUGCCUCUGCAGCUACGGAAGGUUGUAAUAAAAGUAAAUCUAGUUCGGCUGAUCCGGACUAUUGCAGGAGGAUCCUAGUUAGAGAUGCCAAAGGUUCAAUCCGAGAGAUUAUUCUGCCUAAAGGGCUUGAUCUGGACCGUCCCAAGCGGACCCGCACCUCCUUCACGGCCGAGCAGCUCUACCGCCUGGAGAUGGAGUUUCAGCGCUGCCAGUACGUCGUGGGGCGGGAGCGCACCGAGCUCGCCCGCCAGCUCAAUCUCUCCGAGACUCAGGUCAAGGUCUGGUUCCAGAACCGGCGCACCAAGCAGAAGAAGGACCAGGGCAAGGACUCCGAGCUGCGGUCGGUGGUGUCCGAGACCGCCGCCACCUGCAGCGUCCUGCGGCUGCUGGAGCAAGGCCGGCUGCUGUCGCCGCCGGGGCUGCCCGGCCUCCUGCCGCCCUGUGCCACGGGCGCGCUGGGCUCGGCGUUGCGCGGGCCCGGCCUGGCCGCGGCGGGCGGCGGCAGCGCGGCGACGGCUCCGGGCGGCGGCGGCUCCCCGCACCCUCCGGCCGCCAGCGGCGCCGCCGGGCCCCCCCCGCCUGCGGCGCUGCACGGGGCGGCGGCCGCGGGGCACGGGCUGUUCGGGCUGCCGGUGCCCGCGCUGCUGGGCUCGGUGGCCGGCCGCCUCUCCUCCGCGCCACUGGCCGUGGCCGGCUCGCUGGCGGGCAACUUGCAGGAACUGUCGGCCCGCUACCUGAGCUCGUCCGCCUUCGAGCCCUACUCCCGGACCAACAAUAAAGAGAGCGCUGAGAAAAAAGCACUGGACUGA